UUCACGUUCUUGCGGUUCUUGCGUAUACAUCAGCUUUCCUUAAACAGUAUAAGAAUAAUUAUUAGAAUAAUAAUUUGACUUUUUAUAAUUAAAUAAUAAAUCAUUUAUAUUCACAUCAGCCUUUAAAAUUCAAAAUUUAAUUUGAAAAAUUACUAGGUAUGGUAAUAAUAUAAGUUGAACUGUUUCCUACUCCGACUCCCACACAUUGAAUGACCAGCUGUUAUUAUAUGUAAUAUGUGUGCAAUGCAUUUACUUUUGUAAAGAUUCUUUGUGAAGAUUACAAGAACUCAUUUUUACAAUUUGUAAUAGCUUAUUGGUAAUGAUUUGUUGGUUAUAAACCACUAAAUUUGAUAAUAAAUUAUUGCAGUGCACUUGGAGCUUUUACUGUAAAAAUAUUUUGAGAAUUAUUUGAAUGCCUUCUAUCUUCAGGUGAUGUGAUAAAUUUACAUUAUUUUCAAUUCAAGAAAACAUUAAUCUUUAAUUAUCAAAAUGGCAAGCGGAAUAAUAGUAACUGAAAAUUGGGAAGAUUUGCGAAAGAAAGCAAGACAUUUGGAAAAUGAAAUUGAUGCCAAACUAGUAGCUCUCAGUAAAUUAGGUGUAAAUGUAAAUUCAAUGCAUACUAAUAUUGAAUCAGUUCCACUGUUAGAUGAAGAGCAUGUUUUUGAAAACAUGGCAUCAGAAAUUGAAUCUUUAUUAAACAAGCUAACAUUGGUAAAUGAAAAAAUGAGUGAAAUUCAACCUAAUGGAGCUGCAAUGUUGCACACUAUGCAACGUCACAAAGAGAUAUUGAAAGAUUAUAACAUGGAAUUUAACAAAACUAGAAACAAUUUUGUAUCUAGAAAAAAUCGAGAAGAAUUGUUAGGUGGAACUUCUAAAGAAAAAGAUUACAAGGGUAUGAGUGGCUUGAAUCGUAGAGAUAUGUAUUUGAAAGAAAGUCAGCAUAUUCACAACUCUGAUAGAUUGAUUAAUGAUCAAAUUAGUAUUGCAAUGGAAACAAAAGAUCAUUUGAUGUAUCAGCGUCACACUUUCAAACGUAUUCAAAGUAGAUUUAAUGAUAUUUCAAAUAGGUUUCCUGCUGUGAAUAGUCUAGUUCAAAGGAUUAAUCUUCGUAAGCGAAGAGAUUCUUUAAUACUUGGCAUUCUUAUUGGUUUUUGUACAUUUUUAAUAUUAUUAUAUGCUUUUCAUUGAAUAUCAAAAACUAUAUCAAAGUUAUAUAAAAUUAUAUCUGCAUAUACCUAUAAGAUGACGUUAUUUAAUUGUUUUUGUUUACAUCUAUUCAAGAUCUAAUAUAUAAUUAAUUAGAUACUUCUUUCUGUGGAAGCGUAAUUUGACAAUAUAAGUUUAGAGACCGAUAAAUUACACAAAAUAUAAAUAAAAUUCAAACAAGUUUUUUAAAACAUCUUUACUCAUAG